AUGUCUUCCUCCACCGUCGCUCAGUUCAGUCCCCUUUCCACCAGCGUGUCUCCUUCCUUUUGGUCAACACUAGCAGCGAUCAAGAUUGACAAGCUGCAAUUGUCGGAUGAGAAUGUGCCGGUGAGAGGUCAUUAUGAGAUCGGAAAGGUCAUUUACGACAGAAAGACGGACGAGGAUGUGCCCCUGCCUGCUGCUGUGAACUUCGAUGGUCAAGGUUUGGUCGAGGGAGGGUGAGUUGGCUUGCGAGUGUGUUCAGUCUCAUUCGCGAGAGCGCCACACUCCCAUUCUGAGAGCGUGCAUGUCCUGUCCUCUCGCACCAAAGGUACACGCUCCCACCCAACGCUUUCCCAGCUUGGGGAACACUCAAGAACUUCAACACGAUCGAAGAGUUCAAAACAGCAGACAAGCAAAAAGUCUUUAAUGAUGUGGCUCAAGAAGUGAGCUUGCUUGACGCCGUCCGGAGCGCGACGUGUAGCUAACCUCUUCCGAACACGAUCCACUCGUAGAUUUUAGACGGCAUCCUCACCGCGCAAGACCCCACGCCUUUUCUCACUCGCUUUCUCGUCUUGUCCUUUGCCGACCUGAAAAAGUACAAAUUCGUGCACUGGUUUGGUUUUCCUGCGCUUGUGGCCAAGCCGGGCUGGGAGCUUGCUGGAGCUGAUGCUCAGGAAAAAGGAUGGAAGGCCGCAGACGAAGUUGUUGGUAGAGAUCAGGUGGGUGGGCAAGACGAGUGCUGGAGCUGGCGAGACAGCGGCCAGCGCUCAUUAAAAAGAUGACGCGCUUCCUGCUCUCCUUUGCUCGACAGAUGCCCGCCAUUGGUGCAGCGCUCGCGCAGAGAAGAGCUUCGCAAGGAUCGGACUCCGCAUCAGCUGCAUUUUUCCUGGCGCGAAGAACAGGAGCCGAGGAAUGGCAACUCUCGGAUCUGACGUCGUACGAGCCGUUCUUUGCAAAUGUGCCUGAAGAUGAGGUGAGAGGCCGCAUCAUUUUGUCGGUGACAUGAUGUAUGCGGUUGACAAGUGGCGCUGAUUGAAUCGCGUCGGUCCCGAUUGCUAGCGCAUAGUCGGGUUCGUAGACCCCUCGCCUCUUUCGGACUCACCAGGCUGGCCGCUCAGGAACCUCUUGGCUCUGCUCUCGGUGCGCUAUGGUGUCAGAAAGAUUCGAGUGGUGGCAUGGAAAGACCCGUUGGGUUCGCAGACAUCAGGCGCGACAACUUACAGGAGUAGAGUAGCCGCCUUGAUGCAGCCGGAGGUAGACAGUGAUGCCUCAAACCAAGUAGUUGCCAAAGGACGUGAGUCAGAAAGAUAUUGCAGGCACCAAUGCGACCAUCUCGGGCUAAGUUUCAUCAGAGAUCUGCGCAGGGACUGUUUUGCUCGCUUCUGAAGCGGGGCAGCCAGCUCGACCCAACGCAGUCGGCUGGGAACGCAAUUCUCAAGGCAAACUCGCUCCCAAGAUGGCCGAUCUCAGCCCAUUGAUGGAUCCAAAGAGGUGAGCAGCACCGUUCUGGCUUGGUGGUGUUGACGAUUGAGAGCUUAUGGCCAAUCUGUGGAACGCUCAAUGGACCGCAGGCUAGCAGAUCAAGCCGUGGAUCUCAACUUGAAAUUGAUGCGCUGGCGAAUCAUGCCCGACAUCAAUCUCGAAAAGAUCCAGAACACCAAGUGCUUGCUGCUUGGUGCCGGUACUUUAGGCUGCUACGUAGCGCGGGCAUUGAUGGUGCGCCGUCUGAUGGUGCAGUCCGCUGUGCACGGCGUCUCGCUAACGCAGACCAUUCGGCUUGGCAUCUCAGGGUUGGGGAGUACGGCACAUCACGCUCCUUGACUCCUCUCGCGUCUCAUUCUCCAAUCCUGUCCGACAGCCCUUGUUCGAUUUCGAAGAUUGUCUCGAUGGGGGCAAACCGAAGGCAGAAUGUGCAGCAGCCAAACUCAGCAAAAUUUACCCCGGUGUCGAGGCGAGGGGGAUCCAAAUGAGCAUCCCCAUGCCUGGACAUCCUGUGCCUGCUUCUUCCCUAGAGCAGACUCGAGCAGAUGUCAGGCAUCUAGAACAGCUAAUCGAUGAGCACGACGUGGUAUACUUGCUCAUGGACUCAAGGGAGAGCAGGUGGCUGCCCACACUACUUGGAGCUGCCAAGAACAAAGUGGGUUACCCUGUAGGUCUUCGUUCUCUGAGGACGUCACUCUGCUAACCCUGCACACUUGCCUUCAGCUCCUUUUGAAUGCAGCCCUUGGCUUUGAUAGCUACCUCGUAAUGAGGCACGGCGCAUCGCCAGAUGUGCAACCAACCACUACUCCUGCGCGAGGCCAGGAGAUACCUCUUACUAGGCGAAGGCUAGGCUGCUACUACUGCAACGAUAUUGUAGCACCGGCAGAUGUGAGUGAGACAAGCGUGCCGAUCUCCUUCCACGUCAGCGGUCCCAGCUGAAUGUGCUACGCUGAGAAUGGCGCAAUUCAUGGCUGAUGCCCCGCUUGAAACAGUCUUUGACGGACCGGACCCUGGAUCAAAUGUGCACGGUCACACGACCUGGCCUCGCUGCCAUUGCGGGCGCUUCUGCUGUAGAGCUUAUGGUCUCUGUCUUGCAGCACAAGGACGGGUGAGUGGUGGCUCGGUGCGACUGUGUCUCUAUAAGUCAUCGCGACUCAUUCGACCCAAUUGCAACACACUAGCAUCUUGGCGCCUGCCUCCACUGCUGCGCGGAAAGAUGCGUCAACAAGGGAAGGAGAUUCCUCAGACCCUUCCAAAUCCGGCUCGGUGCUUGGUCUCAUCCCGCAUCAGAUUCGGGGAUUUUUGGCUCAAUUCAGCAACCUCUUGAUAGUGGGUCAGGCUUACGAGCGCUGCACCGCUUGUAGUCCAGCCAUUGUGGAAGCGUAUCGCAAGGACGGAUUUGACAUGUUACUAAAGGCAUUCAACGACGAAGUCUACCUGGAGAAAAUCACGGGCUUGGAUAAGCUCAAGCAGGAGACCGAAGCGCUCGAUGCAGAUCUAGACUGGAGCGGCAGCGAGGCAGAGGAAGGCGACGGCGAACUGCUCUGA